UUGUUGAAUGCAGCACAAAAACAUUUGGAAGGAAGGAAGCGCUUCAUUGUGUCGCUAUGGAGACAGAUGCCGGAAGUAAAGACUGUCAUGAAGUAAUAAUACUAGUGGGCACAAGUGCACCUACAAGGGCUGUCUGUCCUCACCCACCUGCAGCCCUCCUUUAACUCCAGCCCACCCCCACCUCCAGCCAGUCUCCCUGCCCAGCAAUGUCCCGCUCAGCCAUGCCGUCCCUCAGUGUUGAGGCCACAGCCCCAGAGGCUCUGUCCCUUCUGGACCAGCGCUUGUUGUUGGCGGAGGAGCAGACUGAAGCUCUUAUUCAAGACAUGGGCUCACUGGGAGUUUCAAGGGACCAAAUCUUAGGAUCUGCAGAGAGAAUGGAUGCCACUCAACGGCCUGUGAGUCCCCUGAAGAUACGUCAUGUCCUGGGGGAUGUAGGCAUGCUGUGGCAACAAUGCGACUCUCUAGUGAGCCGAGUGUGUCGCAUGGAAAGCCUGCUACAGACUCUGAAACUCACAGUCUUUCGUCUUGAGAUUGAGAGAGAGCUGGAUCCUUCUCACACAGCUCGUCUGAAGCAGCAGCUGGCAGCACUGCAGCAGGAGAGUGAAGAGGAGCAGCAGGCCUCCAGGAGAGAGGUGAUGAAGCUCAGGGACCAACUUCACCAGGCUUACCAGGAGAGAGAUGAAGCCCGCACAGAGGUGCAGCAGAUGGGGAUGACACUGGGGGCAGCUACCGCUGCCAAGAUGGAUGUGGCUCUGGCUGCCGAGGAGCUGAAGAUUGUCAAAUCAGAGAUGAGUCAGAAACUGAUGGAGAUGAAAGAGCAGAUGAGGCAGGAGUCCACCUGUUCCCAUGAAGCCAUGAAAUCUCACAGUGAGCUUCUCCAGCGGGUUAAGGAGAUGGAGAGAGUGGUGGAGAUGGAGAGGAGACAGGCUUUGCUGCUGCAGUCAGAUUGCCAGGCGCUGCAUGUGGAGGUCCAGACCAGCCGGCAGCGACUUGAGGAAGAAAAAGACAGAAGCAGACAGCUCAAAGAACAGACAGAAAUUAAAGACUCCCUUGUGUUUGAGUUAAAAACUGAACUGAAAAGGCAGCAGAGAGAAAACAGUAAACUACUGAAAGAGGGCAGAGAGCUGAGAGCUGCUGCAGAGAGAGUCCAGACCCUGAACACGCAGCUGCAAAGUCAGUGCUCACAGCUCAGUUCUGCCCUGCGUUCACUCACGGUGAAGAAAACACAGCAACAGUCUGAACAUCAGGCCAACUUAAAGGCCGAGAGGAGUCGUACUGUCAAGCAACUGCAAGAGCAAGACCUGCUGCUGGAGGCAGCCAGACACAACAUUCAGGCUGAGCUGCAGGUGGUGCUAACAGACAAAGCUAGCCUGCAGAUGGAGCUGGAGAAGCUGAAAGGUGAACAUGCCCAGCUCCAGCAGAGCUCCUCGAUUGCACAGGAGACAGCGGUCACUCAGAGGGAACUGCUGGAGAGGACCAUUGAAAGGCUGCGGGGGGAAGUGUGCACAGCCAAAAAAGAGGAGGACGCAAUGAGGAAACACCUGGAAGGUUCCAAAGCUGAGUUAUGUCUGAUUGUCACUAAGUUGGAGGGUGAGCGGAGCACUCUGGAGACCCAACUGAGUGAGGCCAAGCUGGAGGUGGGAUCCCUGAGCUCAGCUUUACAGAGUCAGCAGGACGAGAACAGGAAGCUCAUGGGAAAAGUGACUGCAUUAGAGCAGCAACAGCAUGCUUUGCAGCAGGUGGACCAGACACUGAAGUAUCGAACUGACAACAAAAACAAGCUGGCCUUUGAUGAAGGGAAACUUAAGAUCAGUGAACUGGAGGCCUUGCAGAAUUUCUGUGAUCCUGCAGGGAAAGUUGUCAGUCAAACCCUGGAAAACAUCCUGGCCUCCCAUACCAGAUUCCAACUCAACAGCCAGACGCAGCAGCAGGAGCUGGGGGGGCGAGAACAAGAGCUGGACACUCUCAAGAAGGACAGGCUGCAGGUCCAGAGAGAGAUCAGGAAACACCAGACAGAGGUGGAGAAACUCCAGCAACUCCUGACAUCUUCUCAUUCCAAGAACAACGGAGCUUUGGAAUCCUUGCAGAAGGCCUUGGACACAGCCACAGUGGACAACAAGAGACUGGCCAAGAGUCUGGAGCAGGCUGUGUUGACCAACAGCAGUUUACAUAGCAAACUGGAGCAGGCCAGAGACUGGUACCAGGGCACUAUCACACUGAGAGAUGAAGAGCUACGGGAGGCUCGGUCAAAGAUCCAUCAUUUGUCUGAAGAGCUGGCCACGAUAAAGCAUCAAACGAGGGAAGACUACAAAUCGUCCAUGAGGACACUGCAGCGUGAAAUCUCAGAGCUGAAAAUGACAGUUAAGGAUUCUGCAAGCGGGUCAGGUGACCUGUCCAAGGCUAAUCGGGAACUGCGCCGACGGAUGUGCGAGCUAGAGCAGCUGGUGUCCAAACAGAAAGCUUGUAUCAAAGAGCAGAGGAGCCAGCUGAGGCAACAGCAGGACAGCGGAAAUUUACAGGACAACUCUCAGAAAGUUGAGCAACUUUUUCCAUGGAGUAGCAGCAGUGAAUAACAGAAACAGAGAGAGAAGGUUGGGAUAGGGUUUGAGGCUAAGCCAGGACAGGUACAUGCAAUUCAUG